AUGUUUGUGAGAGUACGGUUGAGCGCGAGUCCGCUUGUGAGUGGCAGUUCGUCAACACAAUUCACGUGUCUGCCGCCACCGCCGUCGACGUCGUCAACAACAUCAGAAGCAGAAGCGAAACCAGGCGUACCAUCGAGAAAACCGCCUUCAAAAGAGGAAGAGGCGGUGCCGCGAUUAAAAAAUAAGACAAAUCCGAAGAAGCCGCCUCUGGAAAUCAAGACGAGCUCGAUUAAGGAGCAAAACGCCGGAAACGGCGUUCUAAAGGUAAAUGCGCAACUAAGUUCGAUGGAGGGCACUUCGCUCUCUAAUCCAUCAUCGAUCGAUGAGUUCGGCAACUAUACCAGUCUUAUGGAGCCGGGCACUCAGCGCGAUGUUAUGUCACUUGAGAUGAAUCAUAUGGGUGGCUACCUUGACCCGAAUAGCUUUGGCAAUAGUACUUUGGAUUUUAAUGAUUAUGAUCAUUCGACGUCGUUGUAUGAGAUGCCACAGGUUCGAUUCGAUACAUUAGAGCCUACUGAAGUCAAGUAUGAGACGAGUUAUGAGCCAAAGAAUUCUUCUAACCCGAAUCCGAAACCACCGCGUAAAUCUGGUGGUGCUCGAGCUGCACAGCAUAAGAAAGUUAUACUGGAUGAAGAAGUUAUACAUAGUGAAGUCAAGCGGAACUUGCUUGAGAUUGCAAUGAAGUCAGCAAUGAAAGAUCCAUCCGAGAGAAACUCUUCUCAGUCAAGCCUUUCUAUGCCCUCUACGUCCACAGCACCGAAACCAGUCGCUUCGAAUUUGCCAAAGCCGACGUUCACUUGCAAUGGAUGCCAUAAGCUGUUCAACACGUCGAGAAAUUUGCAGGAGCUGCACCAACAAUCUGAGCCGCAGCAAAACCAGAAUUCUCUCCAGAAUCAGCUCAAUGAACCCCUUAGUUCGAAUCCAACGUUAAGCUCGACGAGUGUUCCUGAGCCAACUUAUCUCAUAACUCCACCGCCGCAGCAUAAUAGCCAGCAUCAACCUCAUAGUCUUUCAACGCUGAGUAGUGUCUAUUCGCCGGAUUCGUAUAUGUUGAAUAGUUUUGACUAUAAGGUAAAUGAUGAUCUUGGUUAUUCUGAUUGGUCCCAAAGCGAAUCAAACUCAACACAACAUUCUCUACUUGGUCAAGACUUCAAUGAUCCUUUAAGUCUGAACGAGCAGCUUCGUCUCGAUCCUAUCGGCCAACAGAAAACUGAAGAAAUCAAUACGCUUGACCCGAAUCCGCAGCGAUUUGAAGCUGAUCUUGUAAUGCCGCUCUCGUUGGAUGUUGAUGAUCCGCUUGGACACUCAUCGUCGGCAUCGAUAUCAUCGCAAGGAACACCAAUGACAUUUGCAUGUGCUUCCUGCAAGAAGACUGUCUCAUCGAGUAGAAGUUUGAAACGACACCAUACGACUUGCAAGCAGUUUAUUGCAGAGUAUGGCGCACCGAACGAAGAAAGAGCGAAACUCGCAACUGCGGCAGCGUUGGCGGCAGGAAAACGUAAACUCAGCCCGGAUUCGACGGAACCCGCCGCCAAAAAGCCGAAACGCGGUUCGACAAACUCGCAGGAAUCGAAAUCGAGAAGACAGAAGCCGAAGAAUGAGACAUCUGUGGAACCUCCAUCAGUUGUGACGCCCAAUGUCACUUCUAGCCGAAUCCCAAAGAACAGCGCGCUUCUUAAGGCGCUUCAGUCCGAAUCGCCAAUCAAAACUAAAAUUGUUAAUCAUCAUCCGCCGCAGCAAUCUAGUCAAUUCAUCAAUAAUCUGCCUCCUUCAACGAACGUGUCAUUCCCAGCCCAGUAUCCCAAUUCUACACAACAAUAUACCUCGCAAAUCUAUCAGACAGCCUGUAGUAGCAGCAGCAGUAUCUCGCUAGAUUCAUCCUAUAAUCAGCCGAUACCAAAUCCAUACAAUCAACAACAUCAUAUGUAUCAACCAUUAGCGCCACAGUCGCGUGCUGUCAUACUACCGCCGACACCAAUUCAAUGUUUCUCAUCGUCAUCGGCGGGUCCAUCCUCGUUGGGUACUGGUGCCUCAGGGAGCUUACCAUCCAUCACGUCAUCGUCGUGGUUCUCGUCGACGUCGUCUUCUGUUCCGACGCCGACGUGCUCCACACGAAGUCCAGCGUUCAGUCCAGCUGUUACGAAUUCAAUAUCGCCGAAGAGCGACGGGAAGGAUGAGGUGGACGAUGGAACACCCAAACUUGGCGGUUCAGUAAAUAUUUGCGAGUAUUGCUCACGAGUUUUAUGCUCGGCGAGCAAUUUGAAACGACAUUUGGCCACAUGCAAAGCGGCGGUGAACAAGAUUGGAUCUGCUCCUUCGUCACAGCCGCAAACUCCACGACCGCCGUUAGUGACCCCGUCGUUGCAAUCACAGACACAAUUUCAACCGACAACGUCUUCCACUUCGACGUCAUUAACUGCUCCUUUACUGCAAACUACUGCUACCGUAAGCUAUACGAAUUUGAAUGGAACGGCAAAACCGUCAACGCUGAAAAUGAUACCUCCACCGAGACCGAGAACAUCAAGUUACAUUGUUUGCUCUGAGACAUCGCUGUCACCUGCGAAACCUUGGAUUACUGUUGGUGAGCAUCUUCGUGCUCAACACAAUCAGAUGAAAAUGAAUAGUCCGGAAAAACUGUUCUACAACGGAACUACGACCACAUCCGCAUCGCAUCAUGAGCCGAUUCUUACUAAACCGCCGCAACUGGAGCAGAAACCCAAAGGAUUCGAAGUUGUGGAAGUUAAAAACACGAAUGAUGUUCAUAUCACCUCGCGACCAUUGAUUUCGGGUCAGAAGUUUACGAGCACAUUCAGCGAUUUGGGAACUGACGAUGACGACUUUGAUGAAUUUGAUGACUUCGAUGAUUUUGAGAAUGAAGAUGGAGAAGAAAUGCUUUUCAAGGUGGAUUGUGUUGAUUUGGAUACGAAGAAGCCGAUUCCGAACUCGGAGAUUUCGAAAAAAUCAAAAACUGAAAGCUACGUCGUCUCCUCUGGAAAAGUCUCUUCUGCUCAGGCUUCAGUUCAGAUGAUUCAAACGUCGUCGAACCAACAGACGAUUGUUUCGAACAGCAUGUCGCAGCAUAAGAUUACGUAUUCGAGCUUGAAUGGCCUUCAUCAGCCUCCACAGGUUAUCACAUUUAAACCGAAGGAGUCGCCGAAGGCGGAUAAGAAAAAGAAAAAAGGAGCCGAAUCUACAACGAAGUUUGAUCUUUCUUCGGAUAAGACGAAAUCGGCAUCUCCAAUGGAUAGCAUAAUCACGACGGAACCAUUGUCACGGGAAUCUCCUGUGGAACCUCCACCCGCUGACAAAACAUUGGAUCCACUAACGGUGGAUGUGGCGAAAAAGAAGCAAGAGUAUCAAUGUCCGGAAUGCCUAAAGAUGUAUUCGUGUCGAAAAAACGUCAAGAGACAUCGGCAAGCGGUUCAUAAAUUGACGAUUGCCGAAAUCAAUGCGAAACCAGCUUUGUGCAUGAUGAUGCCACUUACGACUCCACCGUUGCCUCCACAACCGACAGCUGCCACGAUUCAGCCAGUUGUUCGAAGACACACGGUAGCGGGAGUUGCGCCAAGCACUGGCGAACUUGCCAUGGUGCAAGAGCCACCGCCAACGAAACCGACGGUAUUUGGAAAUCAAAAGGCUCUACAAGUGAAAUCGACUGAACCGAUUACGCAUUUGCCGCCGAAACAGCCGAACAACCGGAAAAUGUCGCAUGUUCAGCAGAGUUCGAGCUAUCAGAUUCAAAUGAUUCCGAACUCGUCAGCACAGCGGCGAAUGUCGUUCCAACAAUCAAAGCAGAAUCAGAAUCUGCAAAAGGUGCAGUUAGCGCCACUUCCGCCGAUGCAUAUUAUGCAAGGGCAAAAUGGAAAGCAGCAGCAACCGCCGGCGAAUCUGUCAAAUCAGCCCCUUGCGUCUCAGCCGAUGAUGAAUCAGCAGAAUCAGAAUGUGCAACAAGUUCAAAAUAACCCGCUGGUUCAAAAUCAACAACAAAUGCAACUUCCACAACAGCAGAAGCAAGGACCACCUCAAUCCCAGAAUCAGCAGUCACAGCAGCAACCACCGCUCCAAAAUCAAUAUCAGCAAUUCCAACAAAACCAAGGGCUAAACAAUCAGCUAACUGAGCAGCAACAUAUGGUGUCACAGCAAAACCCGGCUCAGAUGAUGCCGAAUGAGCAACCGAUUCAGAACCUACCACAGACUCAGAAUCAGUCGGCGAUCGAGCAACAGAGCCAAACGAAGAGCCAGCCGCAGACGCCAGGCCAGGAGCAUAUUCAACGGCGGGACGAAAUGCAGAUAAAUCAAGAGAUUGCUAACCAUCCACACGCCCAGAAUCAAGGACAGAUGGAGAACAAGAGCCCGAUUGAAAGCGAGCAGUUGAUUCAAUGCCAACAACAAAUGAAUCAACAAGCAAUGCCGAACCAAGAGCAGAUGAAAAACCAGCAGUCAAUGCAGAGCCAAGAGCAGGUCCAAAAUCAAGAGCCUGUGCAAAAUCAGCAACAGACUCAAAGCCAGCAGUCCAUACAGGCUCAGCAGCAGCUGACCCAUAAUCAGCAGCCGAUUCAAAACGAGCAGCAGUCUAUGCAGAUUCAGAACCAGCAGAUGUCGGGUCAUCAACUGAUUCAGAAUCAGCAGCAGAUGCAGAACCCAUUGCCUAUGCACCAGAAUCAAGGAUCGAAUCAACACGAUGUGCCGAACCAGUCUCAGAUUCAGCAUCAACCACAGAAUCAAAUACAAUGUCAGAAUCAGAUCCAAAAUCAGAAUCAGAUGCAAAGUCAGAAUCAGAUGCAAAAUCAGAUGCAGAUGCAGAAUCAAAUGCAGAACCCGAAUCAGAUGCAAAAUCAGAACUUGAUUCAAAGCCACAUGCCGAUGCAAUCUCAAAUUCAAAAUCAGCCGAUGACACAGAACCAACAGCUGAUGCAACAAAGCAUUCAGCAUCAUCAAUUCCAAAAUGCUAAUCAUGUGCAGAACUCGCAGCAAAUGCAACAACAACAACAACACCAACUCGAUAUACACAAUCAGCAACAACCGCCGCAGAAUAUGUAUCAUCGAGUUCAACGGCAAUCAAACGGCAUGAUGACACCGCUGACACCAACCUGGAUGACGCAUCCGCCGCAUUCGUUGCCAUCAUGGCGACGUAGUCGAUGUGGUGAAUAUAUGGAUGAAGAGGCGUCGAAAGAGACCGCGAGAAUUGCUGCAGAGUUGAAAAGAUCUGCAGAAGAGGAAAUGGCAGGAAUUGAAGGCAAAAGACCGAGAACUGAGCUCGCUGAAGCGGAUUCUACUUUUACCGAGGAGAAUGAGAAGAGCACUAUUACGUCUCUCCAGCCAUUGUCGACUUCGUCAAGUCUUGGAGUUCCAUCGUUGGCUUCACCUAGCAUUGAUCAUAAUAUCCCGCACUAUCCGCCAACAACGCUCUACCAUCCGGCUUCAUCAAGUAUGGCUGCUUCGCUGCCUUCAAUCAGCACAUUCAAUCAGGACUUUGAGCGCCGUAAUAGUUACUCCACUCUUGUUGGAAAUCAAGGGCAUCAUCCUGCCAUGGUUCAGAGACACUCAUCGAUGGCUGAACAUCUUCCACCAAUGCAUGCUCCUCAGCAAAUUCAGCUGACAUCGCAACAACAGUCUAUUCCACAAUCUGCGCCGCCGCAAAUUUGUGCCACUCUACAGCAGCAGCCAUCACAAACAUCGGUGGUAUCACAGCCUCCACAGACUGUGUCGCCGAUAGUUAAUGAGGCUGGAAAAAAUAAGGAAGUGGUGAUGAAGAAAAAGGCCAAUGGUAGGCCACACACUUGCACAGGAUGCCAAAAGAUUUUGUCAUCGGAUUACUCGUUGAGAAGACACCGAACAACUUGUCCUGAAGUGUUGAAUCAGAAAUUUUCAACGAAUGCGCCAAUCAUGAAUAAGGUCAUCAAAGAGCCGAAGAGGCUGCCAUCGAAAAAGAAUUCUCCGGAUAACAACACGAAUGCUGUGAUAAUUUCGGCUCCUUUGGGAGAUUCUACCACUCAAUCAGGUGCUACUCAAGAGCAAUUGCAUAAUGUUGACUCGAAAUCACCUUCGGCGAAAUCGCCGGAGGCUCCUGACAGCACAACAAGUCAAAGGCAUGAUCGUUCCACAUCGCCCGGAUUCAUAUCGCAGGAUUUUCCGAAUGGCGGUGAUCAUCCGAAAAAUGUUGAAGAUAGCGGAAAGUUGGUGGUCAUCGCCCAAGAAAACAUCGGAGAGCAGGAGAAAGGAAUGAUUUUGUGCGAAGUGUGCAACAGCGGCUUCUCGAACGAAUGGUACUUGGCGCGACACAAACGCGAAAAUUGUCCACCGAAAUCGCGCGAAGCGUUGUCACAUGAGUUUUACCAUGACGGCAAGAUCACGAUUGUGUUCAAAGGCGAGUCUGGAAGACAUGUGCUUUCAAAAUCACUUUUGGCGAAUUCGUCACCAUAUUUUGCCCGAUGCAUCGAAGCUUAUGAUCCGAUGAAGGGUGAAAUGCGGAUUGAUGUUGAAUGGAAGGACUUUAGCAAGGUUAUUGCGGUUCUUGAGAACAAUUAUUGCGGUUUGACAGCUGAUAAUAUUGAUGUAAUUGCCGAUUUUGCGAAACGUUUCGAGUUUGAUGUUCUCACGCAGACCGCGGAACGAUUUAUUGCAAACAUGUAUUCGAAUGAGCAUCGAUAUGAAGACCAGCGCAAUUUCGUUGUCGGAUAG